AUGCUGUCCUGCCGCCUCCAGUGCGCGCUGGCCGCGCUUUCCAUCGUCCUGGCCCUGGGCGGUGUCACCGGAGCGCCCUCGGACCCCAGACUCCGCCAGUUUCUGCAGAAGUCCCUCGCUGCUGCCGCUGGGAAGCAGGAGCUGGCCAAGUACUUCUUGGCAGAACUGCUGUCUGAACCCAACCAGACGGAGAAUGAUGCCCUGGAACCUGAAGACCUGUCCCAGGCUGCUGAGCAGGAUGAAAUGAGGCUGGAGCUGCAGAGAUCUGCUAACUCAAAUCCAGCCAUGGCACCCCGAGAACGUAAAGCUGGCUGCAAGAAUUUCUUCUGGAAGACCUUCACAUCCUGUUAGUUUUAUUAAUUGUAUCUAUCAGACCUCUGAUCCCUCUCCUCCAAACCCUGUCUUUCUUCCCUGGUCCCCCAAAUCCUCAGCAAGAUCCUUGCAUUAAACAUGGAAGACUGUAAAUAUAAAAUAAAAUUAUG